AUGGGGAAUAUUUAAGCCUAUAUAAACUAUCACACAGAACUUUCAUUCACAUAGGAUUUAGAUGAUUAAAUUCACCUUUGCGAGGCGACAUCUCAUCCUUCAUUAGGAAAAAUAUAAAUAUGGAAGACUAAAGAAAACUCAUCAUUAAAACUAUUUUCAUUUACAAGACAUAUUUAUCACUCCGAUUCUACUUUAUUAUAGAUUCAUUAAUAGAGAUGUUCAUUGUAACAUCCAAAUUUACUUUAAUACUAUGCAUGCACAUAGACAGAGCCAUCAUUUUGUGGAAGCGUCGAAAGUUAGAAUUUCUUCUUUGAAUAUCAGCCCUGCACUCUUUAGAAAGUUUUAGAUGAACGAACAGGACCAUUUCCAGAAAUUGAUAUAUGGAAGUUCUUAGAAUAAUUGGUUGAUGUCUUGGAUUACUUGGAAGAAAACCAAUGUGUUCAUGGUAACAUUAGUAUAGAAAAUAUUUUUGUAAAUGAGGAGAGCACAAUUAAAAUUUUAGAUUCUUUUAAUAAAUAAUUAACUGAUUAUUUAUUAAAAUAGGAUGUUUAUGAUUUAGCCUCAGUCAUAAUAGAACUUAUGACAAAAUAAAAAUUUCAUAAAUAAUACAAAGAAACCCUAAAAUCCUUAACAGAUUAAUAUUCCCUUUAAUUACUAUCCAUUUUAGCAAGAAUGCUUAGCAACAACCCAGAUAAACGACCUAGGUUUAAAGACUUGUCAGUAUCAAUCAAAAAUAGAGCCACUCAGCCUAUUCAAGAGAGUCAAAAGAUGGAAUAAGUUUAGCUAUCUUUUCAUAUAAAAUAAAACUUGAAUGACACAAGCUCUACAAAUAUAUUAGUCUAGAAUAACACCUAUACAUAUUUAUUGGAUAAUACAAUUAAUUACUAUCCAAAAUAAGUGUUUCCUGAACUCAAGUUUCCUAUAAAUUAAAUUUAAUUUGUGAAAAAACAGAAUCAUUUGGUGGGAGUAGGGCAAUUUAAGGUUGAUUAUUAAGAAAACCAAAGCGAUACUGUUGAUAGGAAUAAUAAACCAAGUCUACAUGGGUCUUAGGCUUCGACAAUAAAUAGUCACCAUAGAUCCUUUUUGGAAACCUAUAGAGGAAAUAUUAUUGCUACUAAAUAGCCAUGUUGCUUAAAUAAAAAAAAUAUUUAAUAGUAAAAUAGCUUGGACUAAAAUAUUUUUAUCUAAGAUGAUUUAAAUAAAACGAGUUCUACUUUUUACUGA